CAAGAAAUCUACACAUUCAUCAGUUGAAGCUUUCGCAUUUCUACCUCUCCGUGUAUUGAAGUCGUGGACAGGAUUCGGAUCCUCAGAAAAUUUUUGAAGAUUUUCUUCGAUUAGCGAUGGCCGGGAAGGCGAGGCAGCACUACGGGAGGGGUGGACCGCCGCGUAAGACGUCGUCGUCAACCGCGGUCCUGUAUGGCCUCUUAAUGUUGUCAUUGCUGAUUGUCAUCCUUUUGUAUCUCGGGAUUUUCUCCAUUUCCAGCAGCAGCGGCAGUUCAAAGGAUUCUCCCAAAGCCCAUGACCUGAGCUUCAUCGCUCACAAUUCAGUCCACUCAGGUGAUGGAGACGAGGAGAAUAAAGAUCAGUGGGUUGAAGUUAUUUCUUGGGAGCCCAGAGCCUUUGUCUUUCAUAAUUUCUUGUCAAAAGAGGAAUGUGAGUAUCUUAUUAGUAUUGCUAAGCCGCACAUGGAAAAGUCAACUGUUGUUGAUAGUGAAACCGGAAAAAGCAAAGACAGCAGAGUACGUACAAGUUCUGGAACAUUUCUUGUCAGAGGACGUGACAAAAUUGUUCAGAGAAUUGAGAAAAGAAUUGCAGAUUUCACAUUCCUGCCUGUAGAGCAUGGUGAAGGCCUUCAAAUCCUCCAUUACGAAGCAGGGCAAAAGUAUGAGCCUCACUAUGACUAUUUUCUAGAUGAAUUUAACACUCAGAAUGGUGGUCAACGCAUCGCUACUGUUCUCAUGUACUUAUCAGAUGUUGAAGAAGGGGGUGAAACAGUAUUCCCAGCAGCAAAAGGAAAUUUUAGUUCUGUGCCGUGGUGGAAUGAGCUAUCUGAAUGUGGGAAAGGAGGACUUUCAGUUAAACCAAAAAUGGGUGAUGCACUACUUUUCUGGAGCAUGAAGCCUGACGCAACUUUGGAUCCAUCAAGUUUGCAUGGUGGCUGUCCAGUUAUCAAAGGGAACAAAUGGUCAUCUACAAAAUGGAUACGUAUCCAUGAGUACAAGGCCUAAUUUGCCGUGCUACAGAUUCUGAUUGAGUGAAGUUGCAGCUGCAUGUAGCAAUCCAAUGCUUGAAAUCUAUGAUUGAUCUGUGGCAGGAUCCACAAUGCAUUAGGAGACACAGAAUGUUCCAUGCCGACCCCAUCUUUAAGGAUUUCAGCAGCACGCUUGCAUUGCCUUCAGUUGAUAGUGUACUGUUAUACUUAAUUUACUUGUGGAUACCAUCUGUAGAAAGAUCUCAGAGAACAAAAAUUUUGUGGGAAAAUUUUACCGAGUUGAAAAGGCAUCUGAAAAAACUUAUAGGGAGAUUAACUCUGGGAAAUAAUGUCGAGAUAUGUAUUCUAAAAUGAGUGACGAAGUUGGUCAAUACACAAGAUCUGCUAACAAGCUUUACCAUGCCCCUUUUGCAAUGAUCCUCUGUUUUCGUUUUCAAAAGGUACUUUUCUGUUUUCUACUAUUUGAAAUCCCAGGAAGAUGUAUUUGUAUUACCCAUUGUGCAGCAGAAAAACCAUUUGUUUUCA